UUUCCUGUAUAAAAAUCCCACACUAGUAGUCCUCUCCGGGUGGCUGCAUAUUAUUUUUAGUGUUCAUAUACAAUGAGAAACAAUUCUCUUUCAAUUCUUGCUUUCUUUCUCAUUAUUCUUUCAAGUUUUCUGGUUGAAAUCCAUGGAAACAAGCAAUCAGAAGCACUUGGAAAACUCUACAAUGCAAAGUUCAGAGGCAAUUCUGGCAUAGAUGUUAGUCUUUUUAAUGGAGUUAAUCCUGUAAGUGAAUCAAGAAUUCAUCCUCAGGAUGGAUUGAAAGAACAAGACAGAAUUGUGAAGCUUCCUGGACAACCAAAUGCACAGUUUUCUCAAUAUGGUGGUUAUGUUACCGUCGAUAAAUCAGCCGGCAGGGCUUUCUACUACUACUUUGCUGAGGCUGAUCAUUAUUCUCAAUCUAAAGAGUCUUUGCCUCUUCUUCUCUGGCUCAAUGGAGGUCCUGGUUGUUCAUCUUUGGGGUAUGGUGCAUUUCAAGAAUUGGGACCAUUCAGAGUAUACAGCGAUGGCAAAUCACUUUACAGAAACAGAUUCUCAUGGAAUUAUGCUGCAAAUGUUUUGUUUCUUGAGUCUCCUGCUGGGGUAGGGUUUUCGUAUUCGAAUACAACGUCGGAUUAUGGCAAGAAUGGAGACCAAAGAACAGCUGAGGAUAAUUAUGUUUUCCUGUUAAAUUGGCUAGAGAGAUUUCCUGAAUACAAGGGAAGAGAUUUCUACAUUGCUGGGGAGAGCUAUGCAGGACAUUACGUGCCUCAACUUGCACAUACAAUUCUCUCCCAUAACAAAAUUGCUAAUAAGACCCUUAUCAACCUCAAAGGAAUUCUAAUUGGGAAUGCAGUGAUCAAUGAUGAAACUGAUACUCUUGGGAUGUAUGACUACAUGGGUUCCCAUGCCAUAAUUUCGUAUGAGGCUGCCCAAAAAAUCAGGGAAAAUUGUGAUUUCUCACCCAAUGCUACCGCUCAGUCUGAGGCAUGCAAUUCAGUUGGCGAUCAAGUAAACAAGGCACUUUCUUAUAUUAAUAUAUACGACAUCUAUGCCCCAUCCUGCUUCAGUACCAGCACCACUGCCAAACCCAAGAGAGCUUCUUUGGUAGAUUUUGAUCCAUGCUCGGAUUAUUAUGUUUAUGCUUAUCUCAAUCGACCUGAGGUUCAUGAAGCCAUGCAUGCCAAUGUAACAAAACUUGAUCAUGAUUGGGAACCUUGCAGUGAAGUCAUCACUAACUGGUCUGACAGCCCUUCAACAAUUAUUCCACUCCUUAAAGAGUUCAUGGCUAAUGGACUUCGUGUGUGGAUAUUUAGUGGUGAUACAGAUGGAAGGGUGCCAAUUACUUCAACUGAGUAUUCUAUUGCUAAAAUGAAUCUUGACAUCAAAACUGAAUGGCAUCCUUGGUACCUCAAAGGGGAGGUUGGAGGGUAUACUCAGGUUUACAAGGGAGAUUUGACACUAGCUACUUUGAGAGGGGCAGGGCAUCAAGUUCCAAGCUAUCAACCUCUGAGAGCACUUUCAUUGAUCAAGCACUUCCUGGAUGGCACAUCUCUUCCUGAUACUACAAGAUAUAGUUGAUUUAUCUCUAAUUUUAUUAGCUUGAUUAGUUAAUUUGCUUAGGAUUUAGAAAUUAAAUUUGGUUUUAUUAGUUGUCUAAUACUAUUUUUAUUCUGCAAUUAAUUUAUUCCUUUAAAUUAAAGGAAAGCAAAUCUGUUUAUUUAGAGCAAAGCUUUUGAAUUGUCUUUCUUUAAAAGAUUGAACCUCUUUCUGUCUCAAUUUUAGAAAGCUGAAUUAAUUAAUAUUCUUCCAAUUU